CCCAGAAGGACAGAAAGGAGAGAAAAAGAUCCGAAUAACAAUGCUGAGGUUUGCUGUCACCUUCUUUGCUGUCAUAAUGUCAUCCACCUGCCAAAAAUACAGAUGUCUGGAAGGAGACACCCAAAAACUGAAGCCAAGUCCUGAGCCAAAUAUGCAGGAGUGCACUCUGUACUCUAAAUCUUCCUGUUGCUAUGCAAACUUCACAGAGCAAUUGGCUCAUUCCCCGGUAAUUAAAGUAAGCAACAGCUACUGGAACAGAUGUGGGCAGCUCAGUAAAUCCUGUGAAGAUUUCACAAAGAAAAUUGAGUGCUUUUACCGGUGUUCUCCACAUGCUGCUCGCUGGAUCCAUCCCAACGACACUGCUGCUAUUCAGGCUGUUCCACUGUGUCAAAGCUUUUGUGAUGACUGGUUUGAAGCCUGCAAAGAUGAUUCCAUAUGUGUUCGUAACUGGCUGACGGACUGGGAACAGGAUGAGAGAGGAGAAAACCACUGUAAGAAUAAAUGUGUUCCAUACAGUGAGGUGUAUGCAAAUGGGACUGACAUGUGCCAGGAUAUGUGGGGGGAGUCAUUUAAGGUGACCGAAUCCUCCUGCCUCUGCUUGCAAAUGAACAAGAAGGACUCAAUUGCAAUCAAGUAUCUCCUCUCAGAAAGUUCAGAGGAAAGCUCCAGCAGCAGCAGCAGCAGCAGCGAGGAACGUUCCUGCCAAAAUAAACUCCUGAAGUUUAAGAAACUAAAGGGAGAGGAAAGUGAACAGAGAAGCUAAAUGCCGGUGGAUGUAUGUCAGGACAAGAGAAAUGGUCGUGGAGGCUGAGCUCAGGGCAUCGUGCCAGUCUGCCUUACCCCUUUACUUCCUAGAACAUAAUAAAUCAAUGACUGGUUGUAUUAA